AUGGCGGCACCCGACCAGCCUUUGGCCUCCCUUUCGCUGACCCACGUACACUAUAAUCCCAAUGACAUUUUUUCGCACGGCUCUGCCUGGUUGGCACUGGUUCCACAAGCAUUAUGCGUAGCUUAUGUUACACUUAUUUGGGCAUCGAGGGAGGCUGAGAUAAUCUUGAUGUUCGCGGGACAAAUGGGCUGUGAAGCGUUGAACUUUGCGCUAAAGAGACUCAUCCGAGAAGAAAGACCCAAGUGUGCGCAGAUUCUUUGUGAAACACCCCCCGUUUUGAUGAUGAUCAAGGCUUAUGUUCCCUACUCCUUAACAGACAUGCUCGGCAAAGGCUACGGUAUGCCUUCCUCCCAUGCGCAAUUCGUGGCUUACUUCUCGUGUUACUUUACUCUCUUCCUUCUUCUGCGACAUAAGCCAAACCUGUCCGUCAUCCCACACGCAUUGAACCCGCUUCAAAAAGUUGCUCUCUCCCUCCUCGCCUGCGCUGGCGCUAGUGCUGUGGCUAUCAGCCGUUUAUACCUGAAUUACCACACCAAGAAACAGGUUCUCGUGGGCUUCACGGCUGGUGCGUUAUUUUCGGUUGUUUGGUACUCCCUCAUAAGCUAUCUGCGGGCCUCCGGUUGGGUGGAAUGGGCCCUGGGCCUAUCCCUGUCCCGAGCGCUAAGGAUUCGAGACUUGGUGGUGAGUGAGGACCUUACCGAGGCAGGCUGGCGACGCUGGGAGGCUCAAAGAAAACUGAAGCGACGAGAAAACAGUGAUUUGUCGCAUAAAUCGGAUUAG